UAUGGAGUAAAUUAUUAAAGCACAUUGGGCAAGGGCUCAUCUCUUUAUUCGGUCGCAGUACGGGCUUGGAGAAUAAAUCUGUUCGACGUGCCAACUCCAUUUGCCUAGAAUUUGAAAUCAGUUUGUCAGUUUUCAUUUCACCUGCUACUUCGAGAAUAAUCGCAAUGGACAAGGAGGGACAAGCUUGUAACAUGUUCUCAGAUGAGCAUCUUUAUCAGCUUUGGCAAAAGAAAGCUGAAAUCUAUUGCCAAGGAGCUGGAAAAUAUGACGGAAAGUUCGAGAGAUUUCAUCAAGAUGUCGUCGUAUAUCUAAACAGAAUUGGAAUUGGAAGGGACCUCCUUGAUAGUCUGUCCAUCAUCCAUGUUACUGGGACUAAAGGAAAAGGCUCGACUUGUCAUUUUGUGGAGGAUAUUCUUUCAACGUGCGGCUACAAGACCGGGAUGUUGAGUUCUCCGGCUCUCCUUGAGGUACGAGAGCGCAUUCGUAUCGGUGGCAAGGUCCUCAGCAAACGGACAUUUGCGGAAUACGGGUUAUACAUCCUGAAUCAACUUGAGAAAACAGAAGAAACCAACGACAAAGGGACAGUCUACAAACACCCAGCUUUCUUCCAGUACCUCACCAUAUUAUGCAUCCACGUCUUCCUCCAAGAAAAGGUUGAUGUUGGAAUCGUCGAGGUCUUCAUGGGUGGUGAAAUGGAUUGCACCAAUAUAUUCAGGUCACCAUGUUGCGUUGGUAUCACGACCCUUGAAUUGGAUCAUCUUGGAAGACUUGGGGACUCACUGGAGACUAUUGCUUGGCAUAAAUCAGGACUAGCAAGAAAAGGGCGCCCUCUAUUCACAGUCUGUCAAGAGCCUGGACCACUUAGAGUAAUUGCUGAAAGAGCAGCUGAAUUUGGGGCAAUUUUGAAGAUCUGUCCACCGCUGACCGAGCACGACUUCGGUGGAUCUCCCGUCGAGGUCGGACCGGAGGGCGACCACCAGCUCAUCAACGCCAGUAUUGCUAUACAGCUAGCCCGACAUUGGAUUGAAGAAGAAUAUCCCGGUCGAUUUACAUUCAAUGGUAUAAUGAUCUUACAUAGUUCAAAGCCACGCAAUGAGAAAUAUAAUCAAAAGAUUACCAUCUUUUAAACUUACUUUCUUUACAAAAAUACCGCUAUCAAU